GCAAUUUCUUUUCUUCUCUUUUUCUCUUCUUCGUUUUCACUUUUUCUUCGUUUCUUCUUCUUUUUUCUUUUCUGUGUUCUGGUAUCAUCUUUUCUUCUUUUUCUGUUUUUGCUUCUCGUUGAGUUGUUUUCGUGUUCUUGCUGCUGCUUGAUUUUGUUUUCUUCUUCCUGUUUCUGCUAUUUUUACAGAUUGUAAUCUUGCUUGCUGUUCGUUUUGCUGUUUUUUUAUCCUGUUUUAUCACUUUUGCUGGUUUGUGCUGCUGUCCAGUAUUUCAUUUGUUUUUUUCCAUGUUUUUUCAUUUUUUAAUCCUGUUUUUCUUUUUGUUUUUUCAUUUUUGUAUUGCUGGUACACUGUUCUUGUUGUUGUGCUGUCCGUUUUGCUAUAUUUUUGAUCCUGUUCAUCCGUGCUGCAGAUGCUAUCUAGUUAUUAAUUUUUUUUUUUUUUUCUGUUUUUUCAUUUUUUUAUUCCGUUUGCUUUUUUUCUAGUUUUUCUAUUACAGGUACAGUGUUCUUGUUGUGUUGUCCAUUUUUGCUGUAUUUUUUGUCCUGUUCAGGCUGUUGUCCUAUUUUUCAUUUGUCUUUUUGUUCUCUUUUUACCGGUACAGUGCUUUUCUAUUCCUGACAGCAUUGAUUUUAUUUUAUUUUUGAUUUUUCAGGCUAUUUUCUUGUUCAAUUAUCAUGGAAGGUAGUAGUGAUACUCCAACAUAUAUAUCAAAAGAUCCUGGAUGAAAUUAUUUUCAAAAAGUUAAUCCGAAUAACAAAAAUGAUUUGAUUUGUAACUUUUGUCAAAAAGUUACCAAAGGGGGUAUUUAUCGUGCAAAACAACAUCUUGUUUGAGGGUUUCGAAAUACUACGACUUGCAAAAAAUGUCCACCUCAUGUACGUGAAGAAAUUAAAAAUUUCAUAGAGAAAAAGACGGAGAAAAGUAAUCUUUCUAAACUUGCAACAUUGGACUUUGAGGAUGUAGACCCUCUUGGUGAUGAUAUUGAUAUGGAUGAUAUUGGAGCUAAAGUUGUGCCGCCGCCUACAAGUACAAGUACAAGAUCUAGAUCAAUGAAUAUGCAAAAAAGGCCCAGACAAAUAGGUCCAAUGGAUACAUAUUUUGCUCCUAAUGUGCAAAAAAAUAUUGAAAGUAGAAAGGGUAAAGAGAGACAAACUAUGAUAAAUGAGGCAUACAAGAAAGAAUUGAGGGAAAAUGCUUGUAUGACCAUAACUGAGUGGAUGUAUGAUGCGGCGAUUCCUUUUAAUGCCGUUAACUAUUCAAGCUUCAAAAAGAUGUUGGACUUGGUCGGCCAAUAUGGUAUAGGUCUAAAAGGACCUAGUUAUCAUGAGGUGCGUGUUCCUUUUCUAAAAAAAGCUGUUGAUAGUGUGACAAAUGAUUACAUUAAGUCGUGUGAAACAGAAUGGGCCAAGUAUGGUUGUAGUUUGAUGGCAGAUGAGUGGACAGACAAAAGGCACAGGACAUUGAUUAAUUUUUUAGUGAAUUCUCCUAAAGGUUCAGUUUUCAUCGAAUAUGUUGAUGCUUCUGAUUAUGCAAAAACUGGAGAGAAAAUAUUUCAGUUGCUUGAUCGAUUUGUGGAGCGUGUAGGAGAAACAAAUGUUGUUCAAGUUGUUACGGAUAGUGCAAGUAACAAUGUGCUUGCUGGUAAGAAUCUAUUUAAUUAUUUCUUAUCAAUAUGUGUUUUCUUAUACAUGUUAAACUUAUCUAGUUUUCUAACUUCUUUUAUAGGAAAAUUAUUAGAAGCAAAAAGGCCACACUUGAAUUGGACUCCUUGUGCUACUCACUGCGUCGACUUGAUCUUAGAAGAUAUUGGGAAAUUGCUUGAUUUUAAAGCAACAUUGAAGAAGGCAAUGAGUGUGAAUGCUUACAUUUAUGUUCGCCCAGGCAUGGUAAAUAUGUUGAGGCAAUUCACAAGACAAAAAGAACUUUGUCGGACGGGUGUCACAAGAUUUGCUACUGUUUUUCUCACUCUUGAAAGGAUGCAUCUACAGAAGCAAAAUUUAAGAAAAAUGUUCAUUUCAAAGGAUUGGACAGAGUAAAUGGGCAAAAGAAGCGGCGGGGAAAAAGGUAGCUAAAAUCAUCAUGACACUUAGAUUUUGGAGCAGUGUUGUGCAUAUUUUAAAGAUAUAUGACCCUUUAGUCCGUGUUCUGAGACUGGUUGAUGGGGAAAGAAAACCUGCAAUGGGCUAUAUUUAUGAAGCUAUGGAUAGGGAAAAAGAAACAAUUAUGAAGGCCUUUAAGGAGAAAGAAGAGAAAUAUAAAGAAGUGUUUGAGAUCAUUGAUACGAGAUGGGAAUGUCAACUUCAUCGGCCUUUGCAUGCUGCAAGAUAUUAUUUGAAUCCAGAAUAUUUUUAUUCAUACACAAAUUCAAAUAUCUGUGGAGAAGUGGUGAAUGGUUUGUUUGAAACUAUGGAGAGAUUGGUUCCAAGCGCUGCUGAGCAAGAUAAAAUCACCACCCAACUCUCUAUAUAUCGAAAGGCAGAAGAGCUAUUUGGGAGGAAUGUGGCAAUUAGACACAGAAGAGCAUUAUCUCUAGCAGAAUGGUGGGAAUGUUAUGGAGCAAAUAUCUCAGAAUUGCAAAAGUUUGCUAUUAAAGUGCUUAGCCUUACUUGUAAUGCUUCUGGUUGUGAGCGCAAUUGGAGUGUAUUUGAGCAGAUUCACAGCACAAAAAGGAAUAGGUUGGCUCAGCAGCGCUUAAAUGAUUUGGUAUUUGUGAAAUAUAAUCGUGCCUUAAAACUUCGGUAUGAUGCACGUGAUAAAAUUGACCCAUCUCUCUGGCAGAUAUUGAUGAUAGUAAUGAAUGGUUGAUGGGUAGAAUGGAUGGAGAAAGUGAUAAUGAAGAAGAUGAGUUGGUUUUUGAAGAUGAUGACUUAACAUGAGAUGUCGUUGCAAGGGCUAGUGGAGUUGAAGAGCCUGAAUAUUGUACUAGAGGAAAAAAUAUUGCAUCCAUGACCUCCAGUUCACAUGCUAAGCCUAAACAAGUUGAGAAGGGAAAUACAUCUUCCUCUAUGAGACACUCAUCUCUAAGACUUAGAGAUGAAGAAGAAGAAGAAGAAGAAGAAGAAGAAGAUGAAGAUAAAGAAGAAGAAGAAUACAAUGAGGAUGAUCUUGAGCUUGAUGAUUAAUUUGACUUAUUACGCCUGUUUUGAUGAACUUUGUUAGUUUAAUUUAGAAAGUUGAAACUUGAAAGUUUGAAAUUUUUAUUAAUUUUAUUAUGGUGUUGCUUUGCUUCUCAUAUUUGAUAUUGAUGUGUGUGGAAUAUUAAUAGUUAUCAUAUUUGACAUAUUAUAUGAGUGUGUUAAUAGUUUAGUAGUCAUCAACCUCAUGUUCAAGAGGCGUGCGCCUCGGGCACGCCUCGCGCCUCGGGCACGCCUCUAACAACACUGUCGGCAAUUCUGAUUUUUUCAUUUCCAGAAC